CGUAGCGCACAAGCGCCUACGCGAGAUGGCUCGCGAGCGGCGGCGGCGGCGUUGUGAGGGGCCGGCAGCGGCGCUGCGAGAGGCCGGCGGCGGCGUUGUGGGGCGGUGGCCUGCGACUCCAAGAUCCUCACCGAGGUGCCGACUCCAAGAUCCAGUAAGGAGGGGCCUCCUCCGUGCGGCCGCACCAGUCCAGCGCCGCCUGGUUAGCCGAUUCCUUUUCUCAAUCUGCAGGUUUGCUGGUGUGGCUUGCUAUGAGCGGUGAUAUGGAUCUAGGACAGGAAGUUGUGGUUGAGGUUGAAAGUCGUGAUAGUCUGGUAACUGACCAGUCAAGUCGAUCAUCUAGGAAGAGAGCUAAAGUUUGGGAAUUUGUGGAUACCGAAGUGGUUGAUGGCAAGGAGAAGGCAAUAUGCAGAUACUGUAAGUUUCAAUUGUCCUCUGAACCUGGAAAAGGUACAACGCACCUCAACAGACAUAUUGCAAUUCACUGUCAUUCCAUUCCGCAAGAGGAUAGGGACAGAUUCAUUGCAACAUUGAAGCCAAAGUCUCUGAACGAGGAAAAGAGUGUCCUUGAUCCAGAAGUAUUUCAUGUUUUGAUUGCCAAAUAUUUUAUUAGUGGAGAGAUUGCUUUCCGUAAAGCUCAUGAUCCUCAUUGGACAAACUUGAUAAAUUAUUGUCAGCCAUCUUUUAGAGUUGUUGGUCGUCAAAGUGUACGCACAAAUUGUGUUUUGUUUUAUGAAGAGGAGAAGUUGCAGUUGAUGGACAAGUUCAGAAAGGUCAAGUCCCAUGUUAGUCUUACAGCCAAUCUAUGGUCUUCUAACCAGAACCUAGGCUAUCUAGGUGUUACAGCACAUCUCAUUGAUGCGGAGUUUGAACUGCAUAAGAAAAUCAUAGCAUUCAAGAAGAUUUCUUUCCCACAUACAUCAUAUGCGGUACAAGAUGGAAUUACCUCAUGCCUGAUGGAGUGGGAGUUGACUGAACAACUGUUUACCUUGACAUUAGACAAUGCCAAUGUGAAUAACAAAGCAGUAAAGGACAUUCGUGAUGCUUUAGGUGUUGGGAUGUUCUUCAAAGGUGAACACCUUCAUGUCAAGUGUGCUGUCCAUGUGCUCAACAUCAUGGUUCAGGCUGGUGUGAAGGUAAUUUCAAAUGCAAUUGGGAGAGUGAGGGACAUUGUAAAAGUUAUUACAUCCACACCAUCCCGCAUGCAGAUUUUCAACACAAUUGUGCAGAAUUUAGGCCUCAAAGCAAAGUCAGGACUGAUUCUGGAUGUUCCGCACCGUUGGAAUGCUACGUAUGAUAUGUUGCAUGAUGCUUUGAAAUAUAAGGUGGCUCUCAACAGAUACGCGGUAGAGCAACAUCACCAAGUUCCAAGUCAAGAUGAAUGGGCAAAAGUUAAAGCCCUUCAUGGUUUUUUGCAACAGUUUAGUGAGGCAACUAAAGCAUUCUUCGCAGACAGGCAUCCUACAGCCCACCUUUUCUUGAAGAUGUUGCUAGCAAUCCGAGAUGUUUUGCUCGAGGAGGUGUGGAAUUCAAAUGAGCUCCUUAAUGAAAUAGCUAAUGCCAUGCAUGCAAAGUUUGAAAAGCACUGGACAAAACCUGAUCUUGCUCUUCUAAUAGCUGUCGUUCUUGAUCCAAGUAUGAAAACUGACUUUAUCAAGUUCUAUUUCUAUACUGUUGGUGAAAAUGUUAAAGUGAAAAUGAGGGAGCUGAAUAGGUAUUUGAACAAAUAUUACCUAGAGUAUGAAAAGAUUGUUAGGAGCAACAAUGUACUUGUGUUCGAUAUAUCAAAUGAUGAGCAGAGCACAAAUGAGUCUGGCGAGUCUGGUAGCACUUCUUUAAGACAAGUUUCUGGUAAAAGGCGGAUAGAGCUUGCAUUCACUCAGUUUGCAUCCCAAAGCUCGCAGGCCCGUCAAGAACGGUAAGAGCUAGAUACUUACCUGGAGGACCCUAGAGUCCUUGUGAGGUCAGAUGAGCAAUUCAAUGUUCUUGCAUGGUGGAAGAAGAAUUGUGAUGCUUAUCCAAUCUUAUCCUUGAUGGCUAGAGACUUUCUUGCUAUUCCUGUUAGCACAGUAUCCUCAAAAUCAGCCUUUAGUGCAGCUGGAAGGAUUCUUGGGAAUAAUAGGACAUCUCUCUCACCUGAAACGCUUGAAGCAUUGAUCUGUGCAAAAGAUUGGCUAAUCAGGUUUGAUGAAGAAGAAGAAGGUGAACCAAUGACCGGUCAUAGAAUGUUUGAUUCAGACGAGGAAGAUGAAGAUGAUGAAUAAAGAUACUGAAAGUUUGUGAAGCCGAUAUGUUGAACCAUCUUGCUGCCCACUUUCACUUCUUGAGGGCAACAAUGCACAAGAAGAACAGGGAGGUGGCUCCUCAAGCCUGCGUGUGCAACUGAUUUGCAUUUUGCCAAAAAAAAAAUCUUCAUUUUCUUAUCCCUUAUAUUCAGUAUACUUUUGACCGUGUAAUAUGAAUGGCAUUUCCUUUGGACACCUUUCUGGAACAAUUCUGGAACAACUGUUUGCUUUCUAGCUAGACGUUGUGGCAAAAUCAAGGUGAUUUUUAUCAGCCUGUAUAUUCACCCGUUCCUCAGCCUGUAUCUGAGCGGCUGUAGGCCUGUAGCACAGGAACAUACAAAUAAGAAAGCAAGAGUGGUCCGUUACUAGCUCAA